GAGCUCCAAGUGUCAGGUCCAUAGCAUGCCCGCAGCAGCACCCCAAUAAAUGGCGACUUGUUCUCGGGGACUUUUCCUUGGGAUGCUUCUCUGGGCAGCCCUCCUCAGCUUCCCAGGAGCUUGGUGUUUUAGUGAUUUGCUAUUUGUGAAAGAACCACAGGAUGUGAUUGUUUUAAGGAAAGAUUCAGUCAUCUUGGAUUGCCAGCCUCAUGGAGAAGCCCCUAUCACAGUCACUUGGAUGAAAAAUGGAAUAAAGAUUUCAGAAAACGAACGGAUCUCCGCAUUACACAAUGGGUCCUUGUACAUCCAUGAGGUUGAGGGUAGGAAAGGAGAGCAAUCUGAUGAAGGAUUUUACCAAUGCUUAGCCCUGAACAAACAUGGUGCCAUUCUGAGUCAAAGGGCUCAUCUUUCAUUAGCAACCAUGUCUGCUUUUGAAGAACAACCUAUAUCAGUAGAAGUCCAAGAGAGAGGUGUGGCACGGUUUUCUUGUAAGAUAGUGGCUAACCCUCCACCUAUAAUUACAUGGGAGCUAAACCGUACAGCUUUGCCUCUUGCAAUGGACAGGAUUACAGUCUUAUCAAAAGGAGUUCUUCAGAUCUACGGAGUUACCCAGAAGGAUGGUGGCAACUAUCGAUGUGUAGCUACUACAUUUUCAACCCGGAGGAAAAGCAUGGAGGCAACUCUAACAGUUGUACCAGCCAAAGAAAUGGGAUCUUUCGAGAGACCUGUAAUUAUAGCAGCUCCCCAAAACACAACAGCCUCCCUGCACCAAACAGUCACGUUGGAAUGUGUUGCUACAGGGAACCCAAAGCCAAUUAUUUCAUGGAGUAGAAUGGACCAAAAACCAAUUGAUGUCUUCAACACAAGAGUUCUUGGAAAUGGGAACCUGAUUAUAUCUGAUCUGAAGCUGCAGCAUGCUGGAGUCUACAUAUGUCGAGCAACUACUCCCCGUACCCGCAACUAUACAGUGGCUAUAGCUACGGUUACAGUAUUGGCCCCACCCUCUUUUAUAGAACAACCAGAGAGUUUGACAAGGCCUCGGGCAGGCACGGCUCGUUUUGUAUGUCAAGCUGAUGGAGUUCCCACUCCAAAAAUGACCUGGCUGAAAAAUGGAAGAAAAAUGCAUUCAAAUGGUAGAAUAAAAAUGUACAAUAGUAAACUGGUGAUUAACCAGAUAAUCCCUGAAGAUGAUGCAGUGUAUCAGUGUAUGGCUGAGAACAGCCGGGGGUCCAUACUUUCCCGAGCUCGACUAACAGUGGUUAUGUCUGAGGACAGACCCAGUGCACCUCGUCACCUCCGGGCUGAGACAGUGUCAAGUUCAGCCAUUAUUCUAUCUUGGGAAAGGCCUCUAUAUAACUCAGAGAAAGUCAUUGCCUAUUCUGUGCAUUACAUGAAAGCAGAGGGUUUAAAUAAUGAAGAAUACCAAGUAGUUAUUGGAAAUGACACAACACAUUAUAUAAUUGACGACUUGGAUCCUGCUAGCAACUAUACAUUUUACAUUGUUGCGUAUAUGCCAAUGGGUGCAAGUCAAAUGUCAGAUCAUGUGACUCAAAAUACACUUGAAGAUGUUCCUUUGAGAGCUCCAGAAAUCAGCUUAACAAGCCGAAGUCCCACAGAUAUUCUAAUCUCAUGGCUUCCAAUUCCUGCCAAAUUCCGACGUGGAGUAAUCACACUGUACAGGUUGUUAUUCCGAAUGAGUACUGAAAGUUCAGUCCAAGUUCUGGAGCUUCCAGGAAAUAAACACGAGUAUGUCCUAGAAGGUCUAAAGCCAGACAGUCUUUACCUUGUCCGUAUAGCGGCAGCAACACGAAUAGGAUGGGGAGAAUCUUCUGUCUGGACAUCUCACAGGACCCCAAAAGCUACAAGCAUAAGAGCGCCACGCUCCCCAGAACUCCGUUUGGAUCCUCUGAAUUGUACAGUGAUAGCUGUGAGGUGGCAGCAAGAUCCAGAAGAAACAGUAACAAUACAGGGCUACAAACUUUUUUACAAAGAGGAGGGUCAGGAAGAGAGAGGACCGAUUUUGCUGAAUGUCAAAUCUUUUGAUUAUAACCUUGGAGGCCUAGAUCCCAGAAAAAAAUACCAUGUCAGAUUACUUGCCUAUAAUAAUAUGGAUGAAGGCUAUCAAGCUGACCAAACCGUCAGUACACCAAUAUGUGUUUCUGUCCCUGAUCGCAUGAUUCCUCCUCCACCACCACCCCAUCAUCUUUAUGCCAAGGCCAAUAGUUCUUCUUCCAUUUACCUGCACUGGGGACGUCCGGCCUUCUCAUCAGCUCAGGCUAUUAACUAUACUGUCCGCUGCAAUCCUGUGGGCCUGCAGAAUGCAUCUCUAGUGCUUUAUCUUCAGACGUCGGAGCCUUAUAUUUUAGUUCAGGAUCUUGAAGCGAAUACUAGGUAUGAAUUUGCUGUGAGGCUACAUGUGGAGCAGUUGUCCAGUCCCUGGAGCCCUGUGGUUUUCCAAUCCACCCUCCCAGAAGCCCCAACCGGUCCACCUGUGGGAGUAAAGGUGACAUUGAUUGAAGACGAUACAGCACUGGUAUCUUGGAAGCCUCCUGAAGACUUGGAUACUGCAGUGACUCGUUAUACAAUCCUCUAUGCAUCACGGAAAGCAUGGAUUGCAGGAGAGUGGCAGAUUAUUCACGUAGAAGGGGCAAUAACAAUGGCAUUACUGGAGAAUCUGCUGCCUGGAAAUAUUUAUCUUGUAAAGCUAUCAGCUGCCAAUGAAGUAGGAGAAGGCCCAUUCUCUAAUGCCGUAGAGCUGCUAGUUCAAACCAGGGAGACCUUGCAAAGCAGUCAGAAGUCAAAGCAUUUAGACACUUCAGACAGUGAAGGCUAUUCUGGCUAUUACCACUUGGAUGAGAAAUCGAUGACAGGCAUUGUGGUUGGAGUGUGUAUUGCUUUGACCUGCAUCCUUAUAUGUGUCUUGAUUUUGAUUUACCGCAGCAAAGCCAGGAAAGCAACAAUUCCUAAGGAUUCACAGCAAAGUACAGAUCCAGUCCCUCAUGCUGCAGUAUUAUUAUCAGUUACUGAGACUCAAGAAAGGAAAACUGCCAACCAAAUAGAAAGAAAUAGAGACCCUUUGACACCCAUUGUGGAGACAACCCACUUCAUAGAUGCAAAGGGGGGUACAAAUCUCAUUAUAAACGGUUAUGGACCAGUGCUUAAGACUAAAACAAAGAAAAGAUGGCUGUUUUUCAAAGGCAAUACGACGGACAGCAGAAAACAGCCCAAGAAAAAAAUUGUGAAAACUGCGUGCUUAUAUCAACCAGGGACAACUGUUUUGGUAGGUGAAGAUGUGUCUUCCCCAGGCCAUCCUGGUACAUUCCAGAUGCGGCGCAGCAUAGCAACAGAUACAGAGCAUUCUGGAAAUAGCGAGGAAAGUCACGUAACCAGUGAUUCUGGACGCUUCUCUCAGGAGUCCAAUGAUGAGAUCCACUUGUACUCAGUUAUAAGCUCCACACCACCAACACCAAAUUCCUUCAUUAGCAAUGAACUGGAAAAUAACUCUGCCUUAUGCAAACAAUGAAGAAACUCCAAGCUCUGUAGCUGCGGAAGCCUUUUGUCUCUCAGCUUAUCGGAUGUCCCUAUAAUUUCAAGAAGCUAUUUUCUCUCUGUCUUUUACCAGUUAUACCAGACCUUAGUGUCUGUUCGGAGGACAAUGAACGGAACCAAAAACACAAGAUUCUGGAAUCUGGUAUCCCCCCCACCAUCACUUGAACCUUACCUCAUCUGCAGAACAUUCCCUUGAGUAAAUCUAAUCUAUUUGAAGGUGGUUUUGCUAGAGUGAAAAGACUAUACACUCUUUUCUGGUUUUAUACCAUUUGUCUUUGUUGCAAAGGGAUAUCUACAAGUCCUUUUGAUAAGUGUCUACCUCAGCUGGUCAUAUGAUGAACUCCAUUUUGCUGCUUUACUUUUAUAUGUGUGUGUUUUUAUCCCCACCCCUACAUCAAAAAUACUUCCUAUAUAUAUAUAUAUGUAUUAUUUUUUUUGCUAUGUGUGUGUGAUAUACAUUUCCAAAGGAACUGUAAAGGCAGAAUAGUUAGACAGUUUAUCAAAGCUCUGCUUCUUUAAAAGAAAAGUAAUUAUUAAUGAGUACAGUACAGAUCUUUACCUCACGCCACAUGAUUAAAUAUUGUGCGAUGUGUAAGUAGAUAAUUUACCUCCAUGUCAAUCACUAACAAUACAAGUGACAAAUUACAUAUUUUGUGCUCAUAGGUGACAAAUACCUGAAAGUCACUUACUUACCUUAGAUAUUAUUGUAUAGACUACAAUAAUCAUAAAACUUACCAGCACAUUUGUCACAGCUACUAAAACUGUAAACUGUAAACUUUUAACUACCUUUAAACCGUGCCUUUCACAAUUCAGCAACCCAGAACUGCCUUAUUUCAUAGUUACGGGAAGAUACUCAGGGUAUGACAAAAUGCCUUAAAAUCCUGUGUCAUUACUGAACAAAUUGAAAUAGUCACAUAUUAUUUAAAUACAGUAUUUAGUCACAUAAUUGUAUCUUUUUCUUUGUUUAUUGCAAACUGUUGCAACUUUUAAGCCAGUCACACAUUACUUGUAGAGCAUAUAUAGUUACAGGAAAAAUAGCUCUCUACUGUAAUAUGGUGGACAAACAUGCAGUUAUUGCAUUUUGGCCGUGUUGCUGUUGUAGGCACUGUUAUAUCAUUAUAUGAUAUACAGCCACCCACAAUACAUUUCUACCUUAAACUAAUAUCUCCCACUUAUUUUAUAGUAAUUAUUUUUCCUAUGGCAUAUAUUAAAAACAUUUCAAAUGAAUAUAAUUGUUCAGGUGCACCUCAGGGAUGUUUAUUCCGCUGAUUCCGUUCUGUUGUAUCCCAUCUGAUUUAAGAUGGGAGAAGGGAAGCAGAGCGUUGGCAAACUGUUUACACGAAGUGAAUUUCUGUCUGAUGUCUUUACAGUUCCUGUUUUAUACUACCUCUUUGUAACAUUAUGUAUGCGUUUUAUUUUCCCGGACUCAGGGAAAAGUGUUUUUACUUUGUAUAUAACCCAUCAAAGUAUGGGGAAAAUUUGACAGGGUAACGUGUCCAUUUUUAGUUUUUAAAUGUUAAGUAUGAUAGGUCACAACAUUUCUCAUAUCCUACCUUUGCAUUCAUGUUUUUUGGGGGUCCCUUCAAACACUGUAUUAUGUCAUGCCAAAGAAUGUUCUCUAAUUGUAAAUAUUAUGUCCCCCAAAUAAAUACGAUUUGCUAGAAUAAAACCUUUUGCACAGCAUCAACCAACAAAAACGGUUGUCACUGUGCAUUAAGGUUAUCAUUAAUCUGUAAACUACCUGUGAUUUAACUAGUAUCAUCCAAAAAACCUUCCAAGUGACAAUUGUAUUCUUUAGUCUGUAGCUCUUUAAGAUAACAGUAUUAGAUUACAUAUUUUUGAACAAAAUGCUCUAUAUGCUAAGGAAGAAAACAAAUUCUUUAACCAAAGAUUUAUUUUUUCGGUCUUGUCUAGAAAAAAAAAAUGUUUAGUUUGCAGAAAACUUCUCUUUAAAAUAGAAUAUAUGUAUAUAAAUAUAUAUAUAUAUAUAAGAUAGAUUUGUCUUCACUUUAGAGUGACAUUUUACUUGUCAUCGUUUGGGUGAGAUUUCUUUUAAAAUGAUCAAUAUGCCAGGGUAACCAAACCGCAACCUUUUUAUGUGUUAGUCGUAAAUGUGUUUACACCUUUUCUGUGAUAUACAGUACUGUGAACACAAGAUCUAAUUUACCUGAUACCUGCAUUGAGACAUUAUUUUUACAGAAGGGAAGCAAUGCAAAUCUUAAUGUUGGCAUUCAAUUCUACAAAGGAGAAUUCCAACCAUAAAUAAUAAUAAUAAUCUUCAGUGUUCCAUGUACUGUGUAUCUUCUGAAAGUAGUAAUGCUCGCUUUUUAUUGGCUAACGAUAAGUACCAAAGAUAUUUAAUGUUGUCCUGGCGUAUUGUAAACCACUAUUAAGGCUUUUAUAUUAUUAUGCUUUGUUUGCUGAUAUUUUUAGCCAAAUGUCAUAUUAAUUUCAGAACACAAUGUCUUGCUGGUUUGGUGUCAUUUUUUCUAUAACUAGCAAAUGCUGACUAUGUUCUAGGAAAUAUCAAAUAGUAUACAAAUAAUGUGUUGUCAUAAAAAUUGUGUUCAUUGCAGGACUCUUUGGUUGCAAAAAAAAUAACAAUUCUAGGAUAUAGCACUGACACAGCUGCCAAAAUGAUACGAUUUCCAAUGUUUAUGUGUGUAUGUAUAUAUAAAUAAAUAUAUAUAUAUAUAUACAUACAAUAAAUAGAAUUAGUAACAGCAUCAUUCUGACAUUUGUGGCAAUAAUCUGUACUUGAAAAAUAACUUCCUAAUGCUAUUGGAUUCCAAAAUGUGUAUUGUUUCUUAUUUUGUAAAGCUUAUUUUACGCAUGUAUAUAUUUAAUGUACACUAUUGUUGCUAAUGCUUACUCAUUCUUCUAAGAUGUUUUGACCUUUUGUAAUGAUAAGAGGCUGUAACUGGGCUGCUGGGUUUUUUUGGCAACAAUAUUGCAAUUCUGUGCUGAAGAAAGGUCAGUUUACUUUUAGCGUGAUAGAGUAUCAUUUAAUUGAAAGACCUCAUUAAGGGCUAGAUUACAAGUGGAGCACUAUUGAUCUCUCCCGUUUGCGCGUUCACAUUGCUUGGCAGACGCUUUUUGCGCGUGCCGGGUUGCACUCGUAUUAUUAGUUGAAAGUUAAAAGUUUGCGUGCAAGCGAAAACCCGAAGCAUGCAAAGCGUUGGACUGUGUUAAUAUAUUCUCCCAUAGACUUCAAUGGAGUGUAAAAACUGCAAAAUAUAGAUAAUAAUAAAAAGUAUAUUUUUUCUAUGUGAAGAACAUAGGAAUGUAAAAUAUGUGUAACGUGCAUCGGAGUUUGGAACUUAGGAAUAACUUGGUUGCUAUCUUCAAUGUGCGUCAUUGAAAUGUUAAAUAUAAACUAUUCAAAAAUAUUAAUAAAAAUUAUUUAAAGUUAUUAUACAUACUGUAAAAUAUUCGAAAUAAUCU